AUCUCCGUCUCCGUAGAACAAAGUAGGAUCAACUGCCUGGCAUCCGAGGCAGCGGUCUGGGUGCCAGUCGCGGUGUAUCCAGUCCCGAAUCUGAAGGCCUGCUGCUUUGCACAGCCGUCGGGGGUAAAGGCAAGGGCGGUCGCAACCGCGGUGUCGACGGAGCAGAUGCUGCCGAGGGAGCAACACCGCGGUCUGCCAUGACCCGAGACGCACUGGGGGGCUUGACGGCCAAGGGAGGGACAGGUGGCACAUCCUCGGCCCUGUGCCAUGGCGGCAUUGGGAAUUGGUCGAUGUUGACUGAGGCGGUGCUGGGUGUGGGGCCGUAGUAGCUGCUGUCGCUCCAGCUGAUCGCGCUCAUGGGUACAGCAAGCGACUUUCGCGGGUCCCAGACGUCGCCGUCUUCCCUCGCCUCACGCUCCUCUGUAUCGGACCGGUAGAGGAUCGGCGUCGGCAGCUCGAUCGAUCGCGAACGGGGCCGGGCGUCAGUUGGGGGUGCCGAAUACGCGAUAUCGAUGGGAGAUAGGGAGGGGCGCACGGUAGAAGCGGAGGAGGGCUCGGAAUGCAGGCUGUCCCGUUCGUACUCUGGAUACACGUAGUCCACCCACGACGCUGUCUCCAACUCCUCGUUCCCGCGCUCACCGCCCGGCGUGAUCUGCGGCCUGCGCGCAAUAACGGCAGGUGCCAGCUCCCGUGCUCGGCCCUCAGCGCUCGGCGGCCCCAGGAACGGGUUCUCCGCGUGCGGCGUCGUCACUGAAUCCAUGCACGCUGAUUCGUACGCGGGCGACAGAUCCAGGAACGAGUCCUCCUUGAGCAACUUGCCCGGCGCGCCGCUGCUGACGUCCAGC